GAGGGAGAAAUUGUCUACCAAUACUUGACUUUCGAGACCGAGGUCCCUACGCCAUCCUCAAUUUUAUAUCUACCAAAGGACGAUCAAGCGCCACCACCACCCCAACCCAAUCUCACCAAGUACACGUCGCCCUUCGAAUGGUCGAGUACCAGGAAGAGCAUCACAAUAUGGAUCUCCUGCAUCAUCACAUCCUUGACUGCCUUCAGUGCGGGCUCGUACAGUCCCGGCAUUGGACAAAUGAGUCAAGAAUGGCAUGUGAGUAAUGUAGCAGCACUGGUCGGCAUCACCAUGUUCACAAGCGGCUUCGCAAUCGCCCCCAUGGUCCUAGCCCCUUUUUCAGAGGUCCAAGGCCGACGCCCCGUCUUCAUCGCGAGUGGCAUCCUCUUCGUCAUCUGCCAACUCUGCACCGGCCUCACGCAGUCGUACGCAGGAAUGCUCGUAGCCCGCUUCUUCGCCGGCGUGGGCGGAUCUACCUUCUCCUCCAUCAUCGGUGGCGUCGUGUCGGACAUCUACCACACGGAUGACCGCAACAAGCCCAUGGCCAUCUUCAGUGGAGGCGCCCUCUGCGGCACCGGCCUGGGCCCUCUCGUAGCCGGCUUCAUUGCGCAAAACACCUCCUGGCGAUGGAUCUUCCACGUCCAAACCAUCGUCGACGCCCUCAUGGUCGCUCUCAUCGUCCUCGUCUUCCAAGAAACCCGCGGCAGCGUCCUACUCAGCCGCAAGGCCCACGCCCUCAACAAAUGGUAUGACGCUCUCGAAGCCGCCGGUUACUCCUCCGCCAUCUCCCUCCCAUGCUCCCACGCAUCACCCAAAGACCCCAUCAUGAUCCCAUCCCCCCAACGCAUCCGCUGGAAGGUCCUCUCGGACGAAGAACGCAGCUCCCUCACCAAAAUGAUCGCCAUCUCCCUCUACCGCCCCUUCCACCUCCUCAGCACCGAGCCCGUCGUCUUCUUCUUCUCCCUCUGGGUCGCCUUCUCCUGGGCCGUCCUGUACCUGACCCUCGCCGCCAUCCCGUUAGUCUUCCAACACACCCACGCCUUCUCCCUCCAGCAAGCCAACGCCGUCUUCGCCGCCACCUCCCUCGGCGCCAUCCUCGCCACCUUGCUCUCCAUCUACCAGGAACGUCUUGCCCGCAGCAAAAGGUACGCACAUACCACCUUCGCCCGCAACAUGGCUACGGGAGUCCCCGAAGCGAGACUCUACUUCGUGUGCGUCGAGUCCGUCUUCAUGCCCGUCGGCAUGCUGCUGUUCGGCUGGAGCGGCACCUACAGCCACGUCCAUUGGAUGGUGCCCGCUCUCGGGAUCGUGCUGGCCACGAUCGGCAUCUUUGCUAUUUACCUCAGCACGUUUAAUUAUCUGGCUGAUACGUAUCAUCGGUAUGCGAGCUCGGCGCUGGCGGCGCAGAGUUUUUGCCGGAAUAUGUUGGGU